AUUAUUCUAGAUCCAUUGAGCCCACCGUUUUCUUCUGUUUCAUCUCUCUCCCAGUCUCUCCUUUUAAAGCCUCUCAUUCUUUCUCUGCAAGCAAUAACGCGAUCACUCUCUCUCUCUCCUCGCAACCGACUUAGCUGCUCGUUAAACCAGCGCUCCUCCAAUUGCCAAACAUAUCCCAUGGAUUCCACAAAAGGGGACAAUGGAAAACCUAAAUUAGCUGCCAAUGUUACUUCAUGUCGAAAGAAGAAGAAUGAAGAAGCCACUUUUUUGGAGGACGUGAAAGAUCACAUUGACGAGUUUAUUCACGCUUCUAUGGAUGAGCAUAAAACUUGCUUCAAGAACACAAUGCAGAAGAUGUUUGGUAUGUCCAAGGCUGUUGCAGAGAGGAACACCACUGACGCUGCCAAAGAAGUUGAGAGUUCUCUGCCUCUUCAGACAACUUUGGAAGGUUAGUUUCUCGUUUGUUCUGAAGAAAUAAAUGGUCUAUUUCAGAAGCUCUUUCCAAGGAACUUGAUAUAAAUAAGUGAUAGAUUAAGUUGGUUGAUCCUUGUUUAAAGGACAAUUAAUUUCAUGAAAGUGGACUAGGUUGUUCAGACUUGUGAUUGACACACAUUGCUUGAUGACAGAUUUUCCUCCUUUUUAGCUAUUAAUGGUUUGUCUCUGUUUAAUGACUAAACAAAAGCCUGUUUUCCAUUAAUUAGUGUUUAGAGCAAAUAUUUAUCCUAUAUACUAUUAUUAUUGAUUUUAGAAGGCAUGAAUUGUAUAUAAGAACUUACCAUUGACUUGGCAA